AUGGAAAGUGAAGAGGACCAGAGGAGGACUCACUGAGAGGUGUGGAGCAGCUGCAGGCUUUGUUCUUAAAAAUUCUCGGUGUCAACUCAUGUUGCGUAACCCCUCUGAUGGAGCUUACUUCUGUGAAAGCUCAUCUGGACAUCAGCGUAGCGAUGAAGUCAACAUCAUUGUUUCAGCUGGUUCCCUGAUCCUGGACAUCCCUUCAUCUCCUGUGUGGACAGGAAGUAAUGUGACUCUGCGCUGUCAAUCCAGAGAUGAUGAACCGUUGAAGUCUUAUUUCUAUAAAGACAGGGAUAUGAUUGGAUCUGAUCUUGAAGGAACAUUGACUCUCACUAAUGUUCAGAAGUCUGAUGAAGGUCUCUACUCGUGCUCAGCUGGUGUUGAUCAGUCUCCUAAAAGCAGACUGACAGUCAGAGAUCCUCCCACUGAUCCUCCUCCUAAUGUAAAAGCUCCUUCUUCUACCCCUAAAGCAAUCACUCAUGCUCCCAGUACAUCAAGCCCCCAAAUUACCAGUAAAAAAGACCCUGAAAAUACAAAUAAAAAAAACUCUCCUGGUAACAAUAAACCAAAAAAGAAAGUUGAGGAGGACGGGUGGUACUGGUCCCCAUCCUCUGGCCCUCCUCUCACAGCCUCCAUCAUGUCAGGUCUGGUUUCUGUGGUUCUCCUGGUUCUGGUUUGAG